AUGACUAUUGAAGAAAAUAAUAAUGUUAUUGAUAAUUCAAAUAUCAAUUCCGGUAAUGAAUCAGAUUUAGAAGCGGGUAAUCCAGUUAGACCAUUAUACGAACCAAAAUAUGAUGAACAAGACACUUCUUCACCUUGGAAAAAUCAUUUAAUUGCUGCUUUAGGUGAAUUUUUCGGUACUUUUAUCUUUUUAUGGACAGCUUUUGUUAUUGCUCAAAUUGCGAAUCAAGAUCCAAAUAUUCCACAACCUCCAUCAACUGGUUCAAAUCCACAACAAUUAUUAAUGAUUUCUUUUGGUUUUGGUUUUAGUGUUAUGAUGGCUGUUUUUAUGUUUUUUAGAGUUUCAGGUGGUAAUUUAAAUCCUGCUGUUACUUUAACUUUAGUUUUAGCUCAAGCUGUUCCACCAAUUAGAGGUUUAAUUAUGAUGAUUUCUCAAAUUAUUGCUGGUAUGGCAGCUGCUGGUGCUGCUUCAGCAAUGACACCAGGUGAAAUUGCAUUUACAAAUGGUUUAGGUGGUGGUGCUUCAAAAUCAAGAGGUUUAUUCUUGGAAGCUUUUGGUACUACUAUUUUAUGUUUAACUGUUUUAAUGAUGGCUGUUGAAAAAUCAAAAGCUACUUUUAUGGCUCCAUUAGUUAUUGGUAUUGCAUUAUUCUUGGGACAUUUAAUUUGUGUUUAUUAUACUGGUGCUGGUUUAAACCCUGCAAGAUCAUUUGGUCCAUGUAUUGCUGCAAGAUCUUUCCCAGUUUAUCAUUGGAUUUAUUGGAUUGGUCCAAUUAUUGGUUCUUUAAUUGCCUUUGGUAUUUGGAGAUUAUUAAAAUUCUUAGGUUAUAAAACGUGUAACCCAGGUCAAGAUUCUGAUGAAUAA